CUUCUUCUUCUACUGUUCUGGUACUAUGGCGCAGUCUACGGUCUCUAUUGACAAUGCAAAGCUGCAAGAUGAAGGGGCUGAUCAAUAUGUGCAAGCAUUGGGGCUAAAAGGAGGGUCUAUUACAGAAGGGACUACAAAGGACAAGAAGGACAUCCAGCAUUUGCUGGAGUAUUGGCACGAUGAUAUCCUAGAUGACACCAGGCUUCCACAGAGAACUCUACUUGGUCCGUUCAAGAAAAAAGAUGGCUUCUACAAGGAUGGAUGGAGGCUUGACAGUCAAAGUAAUGGGCCCUUUGUGAAGUUCCCUAAAGAAGAUCCCAACACUAAGUACCAGAAUUUUGCCAUCCAGUGGGAAAAGUCAGUCUUUUCAUGUGUGGUUGCUAGAAGGAGUUAAAGGUGGCUGUUAUCAAGAGGAAGUCUGGAAACACUUGGGAGAUUGUGAUGGAAAAGUAAUCUCCCAUGUUAAUUAUGUUUGUACUAUAUUAUUAUGCUUGCUCUGUUUCAUUCGCAGCUC